AUGCUCUUCUACUUGGCUACCAUUAUCAUCCACGAUUUGUUCCGUGCCGGUGACGACACCAAAACGGUUCCUAACCCGGAUUUUAGCAUUUCAUCCACUUCCUCCUACCUUGACUUAUCCCCUUUGUACGACAACAACGUGCAAGAACAGGAAGCUGUUCGCACUAUGAAAGGAGGUAUGCUCAAGCCUGACACCUUCUCUGAGCACCGUCUUCUGGGGUUUCCGCCUGGCAUCUACGCGUUGCUGAUCACAUUUAGUCGGUUCCAUAACUAUGUGGCAGGAGAACUGAAGCGAAUUAACGGGAGCGGAAGGUUUGGUCCGAAUCCAUGCUUGAGCAAGGAAGAUGCAGAGAGAAAGAUUGACAAAGACCUCUUUAACACCGCAAGACUUGUCACAUUGCGGCCUCUACGUCAAUAUCACCUCUCAGACUACACAAGGACAAUCCUCAAUCUGAACUAUGCUCCCGACUCCAGCUGGGUCCUGGACCCGCGAGAGUCCUUCUCCCAAGUUUUUGACAAGGUCGAUUUCCCCGUGAGCACCGGCAACCAGGUCUCCGUUGAGUUCAACCUCAUCUAUCGCGGGCAUUCAAACGUUAGCGCCAAAUACGAGAAAUGGUCGCAGGACCUCUUCUAA